UGCAGCGCCGGAGGUGCUCGCUGGGGGGCUCUGUGGGGAGCGGAGGGAGCGGAGCUCGCCUUGAGAGCGGCUGCUCGGGCCCGUCAUGCUCGCGGUAGCCCAGCCUCUUCAGCUGAGGGCCUCAGCCGAGCUGCGGAAGUGGCGAGUCGCGCGUGCUUCUCUGCCGGGUCCUUGGAAGUCGCGAGGCCAGAGAACCUCGAGGGAGACUCAGCAAACAAAAAUGGCAAAAAGCCUAAGGAGCAAAUGGAAAAGAAAGAUGCGAGCAGAGAAGAGAAAGAAGAAUGCCCCCAAGGAACUUGCCCGAUUGCAGAGCAUCCUGAAAACAAAUAGUGAUGUUCUAAUGGAAGAAGUGAAAGAGAUAGCAACUGUUGUUCCUGCUGAAAAAAUCAAAGAGGAAAAGAAUUCUAAUGAGGAAAACAAAAUGGACAUGGAUAGCAAAAGAAAUCAGAAGACUCUUCUGGAUCAACAUGGACAGUAUCCAAUAUGGAUGAAUCCCAGGCAGAGGAAGAAGCUUAAGGCAAAGCGUACCAAAGGAAAAAAUAAGCACAAAGUACCAAAAGGAUUAGCAUGGUAGAGACUGGUUGAAUUUUAAGAAAGAAAACUUUAUAUAAAGAAAUAAAAUAGCUCUAUAAGUAAAGCCACAUGGCCUAUGUGGGGGGGGGUACAUCUUUGUUUUGGACUCCUUCAUUUGAUGAGACAUCAGUUUACUGUGCUGAAGUUCCUCUGGAAUAUAGCUCAUUUAAAAAGGCUCCUUGUCUUUAAAAUACAUUUUUUUGUGUUGAACAAAUUAGAAUAUAGAUUAAUAGAAAUCUUGUUCACAAUCCAAGGAAAGCUUGUAGAGAUUACUUUCCUUUGAAAACCUUAAGAGCUGAGUAGCUAGUUAAAUAUUUUAUGAUUCAUUGGUUUUGAUGAGUUUGAAUGUCGGCUAACAAUCAUAGGGUCAUGAUGAACUUAAAUAUUUACUGGUGCGUGUACAAGCAAGUUACCUGCCUAUUCAUUUUAGUGGAAGUAGGUGAACUUACUUUUUUAUUCUAUUCAAAUAUACAAUCUUGUAUUACAUAACUCUAGUCAAAUAAAUUUAUUCAAGCUCCCUGAUGCAUGGAAUAAUAAUGGUACUGGGUGUUGUGUAAAUUUGUACAAUUUUAGAUUAAACAUGAACAUUGCUGACAUACCCCACCUGAAAUAUGGGAUUAUACUCUUUAUAUUUCCGUAGCAGAAAUAAAUUUUCCAAUCUUUUAAAUG